UGUUAGUUACGUUUUGAUCGCGGGAUGGUGAUUACGCGUUCGGUUUUUCUAUUGUUUUUUCUUUUGUUCUAAUAUAUUAUACAAACAUGUAAUAUAAACGUGUUAACCAACUAUGACAUUCGUUUAUCUGUCGACCAACAACACCAGAGACUACUGAUACAUUUUCCGGUUGUUUAUUGUUUUCUUUUAUCAAGUGUUGUCACAUUAAGGUUUUUAAAAAUGGUCUUCGCAAAUUAUAGUGUAUUUCGUGCAUUCGCCAUAUUUGCCGGAGUUUUUGGAAUAUUUCAAUCGCUGGUGUGGAUCGCAUUUGCGAUUACUGGAAUUAUUGCCUACUACUGCGAUAUGGAUUUAUCCGGCCAGACCGGCACGCUGGGAUCUUUACUGACGAUGACCUUCUUUCAUCAGUAUUUCGAAGGUACCUGCACGCAAACAAACAUUCCAGCAAUUGACAUGACGGCAGUCCGGGAACUCAACCUGCUCUCGCCGGGCGAUUUACACGCCUGGGUAUGGGUCUAUCUAAUACUGCAUGUCUUCUGGGCCAUCUGCUCUCUUUUAUUGCUAACCAAUGCUCGAAAGAAGUAUGUGCGGUACAUUAAUAUUUUCUUGUACAUCUGGAUCAUUUUCACCAUUAUAAUAAGCGUCCUUGAUCUGGCGCUAGGUAUACAGUUUGCUGUAGACUAUGAUACAAUAAUUCAUGCCCUAUUUCUGCGCCCUUACCCAGGUGCGACUGCCGCUGACCAAACACUCCUUAUGGCAGUAACUGUUUCCGGCAUCAUGAUGGUAAUGGCAUUCCGCGGAUGGAUAUUCUGGCUUGUCAAUGUGGGCCUUGCCGUUUACAUGUUUACACAAACCAUCGUAAUCUACGAUUACAACCAGUUGCGGAGAAAGAGUGGCAUGACCAACGGAGCAUUCGUAGGGGAUAAUGGAGGACUACGGCGAGCACCGAUUGAUGCUUACGAUAUGAGUCAACCUCGCCAGGAAGAGCCUCGGAAACAGUACAUCCCACCGAGUAAUUAUCGUCGCCCACUAGAACGAAUUAGCGAACAACCACAUGAUACCAUUGCUGAACGACCUGUGCAACAGCAGGACUGGUCCAACAACCAAAGAACAUACACACCGCAGCCAAGCACUUCAGCUUCGAGAACUUUCGAACCUUUACAAAGACAGCAAUCGUUCACCGAACCGGAAGAAAUUCGACCAGAACCGCCGAAACCAAUUCCACCACCUCCACCACCGAAAAAUUUCAACAUGAACACCGUGGUCAGGCGGGACGCCGCAGCAGCCAAGGUCGCACAGGAACUGAACUAUCGGAACAGUUUCAACGUUACGAACGGAACACCCGGCAGCGGACUCCGGACGUUUGGUGCUGCUCCGGCUACUGGAAAUGAAGGAGACGUACCGACAUCUACAAACUACAGUCCUCCGAUGCCGCGGGUGAAUCCGUUCGAAAAUCGUCCACCCUUGCGAUCCGUGUUACGAAAUUCGAGAUAUCAGUAACAAAACCGAACGAAAACCGAUCGAUCGUUCGGGGAGCUGGAAAUCUGUGUAAAUGCAACUAACUCGUAUAUAUUUUAUUAUAGUGGUUAAUAAA